AUGUUCCCAACGAAUAUUUUUGCGGCCUUCACUGACGAGGAUCCACAAUUUUCUUCGACGGAGAAACUUAUCAUACUCGCUUUUGCCAUAAUUGGUUGCGUGGCUGCCAUAUCUGUACCUGACUCCGCCACACAAGGGCCCAAUCCCCAGGAUAUCGCCACACCAGAACCCGAAUAUAUCGAUAUCGAUGAGCCGCUACCAGUAUCUGCUCCCGCACCAGUUCCAGUACAGUCUCGUGCUAGUUUCGUGGCAGCGCCACGACCCGUGGCUCGUCCAAUUCCUGCAGCUGCUCCCUCCCACGUUUCUCCUUCGUUUGUGCGCUCACCUAACCAGUCCUACCUGCCACCCGGGGUUCAACAAGUAUCUGGGCAUACUUUCAACCCACAAAGCGGCUAUCAAUACAGACAAGUACGCAGGCGCGUUUUCUACCGUCGUCGUUAUUAGGCGGGGAGAUUAGUCAAUCCAGUACUGUUGACCAUUGAAGUUGGAAAAAAUUUAAUAAAUAGAGGGUGCAAAUUAGUUACAUAGCUGCACAUCGGAAUAAAUAGCAUAUUUUGCAGUGCAACCAUGCUUGUAUAGGGCACUGACUAAAAAGUUGUACAUAUACAUUUAAAAUAUUACCUUCUUAGUUUUUGUUAGCAACUUUUUUCAUUUACCUGAUGAAAAUCUAUUUAACUCUACUUCUAUCAUUGGAAGCAGCUGCAUACUAUACAUUUUUCUCAGGACAUAAGUAAUACAUAUUUAUACAUGGUAAGACAAAAAAUACACACACAAAUACAUGAUCACACACAUACACAAACUCACGCUUAUUGAAGACUCAAUUACUCAGGUUUUAUAUUUAAUGGAAGGCAAUGCUAUAGUUACUAAUUGUUAUUGAACUGUACAAUAAAAAAAUAACUAUCUACCAUCGAGGGGAUG